AUGAAAAAGCCCCCGAGAUACACUAAGGGUUCUCUAACUCAAGUUUGUAAGUUGCUUAAGAGCCUUUAUGGCCUUAAGCAAGCAUCACAGCAAUGGAACUCUAAGCUUACAUCUUCUCUUCUUGGCUUUGGUUUCAUCCAAUCCAAAUCUGAUUAUAGUUUAUUCACCAAGCAUGAUGGAGACACUUUUAUAGCCUUGCUGAUUUAUGUUGAUGAUUUCCUGGUUGCUAGUAAUUCCACUGCUGCUAUUGCGUCUCUCAAAACCUUUUUGAAUAGCAAAUUCAAGAUUAAAGAUCUUGGUACUCUUCACUAUUUCUUGGGUCUUGAAAUUGCUCGAUCUACUAAGGGUAUUCAUCUUUGUCAACGCAAAUAUGCGUUUGACAUAUUAGCUGAUUCAGGUAUGCUUGGUUGCAAGCCUCUCAAACUUCCAAUUGAUCAACAUUUUAAGAUCAGCAAAUCUGAAGGCACUCCAUUACUUGAUCCCAGCAUUUUUCGAAGAUUAAUUGGUCGGUUGUUGUACCUUACCAUAACCCAACCAGACAUCUUUUUUGUUGUCCAAUUACUCAGCCAAUUCAUGGAUCAGCCCUCUUCAUCUCAUUUAGCUGUUGCAUACCGCAUUUUGAGAUACAUUAAAUCCGCACCAGCUCAAGGCCUUCUACUCUCCUCUACAUCUCAGCUUCAACUUCAGGCCUACUGUGACUCAGAUUGGGCCUCAUGCCCCGACUCUCGUAGAUCCACAACCAGAUAUUGUGUCUUCUUGGGCCAAUCCCUUAUUUCUUGGAAGACCAAGAAGCAAUCAGUUGUCUCAAGAUCUUCGGCUGAAGCUGAGUACCGGUCCAUGGCAGCAACUUGUUCUGAGCUUACAUGGCUUCGAUUCAUCCUCCAAGAUCUUGGCAUUUCUCAUCCUCAAGCAGCCACUUUAUUUUGUGAUAACCAGGCAGCUUUACACAUCGCUGCAAAUCCGAUUUUUCAUGAAAGGACCAAACACAUAGAGCUUGAUUGUCACCUCAUUAGAGACAAGAUUCAAGAUGGAAGUAUCAUUACUGCCCACGUCUCCUCUCAAUCUCAAUUAGCUGAUACUUUCAGCAAACCACUGCCCUCUUAUCUCUUACAAGCUCACUUAUCCAAGAUGGGAAUAGUAAAUUACUAUUCUCCAUUUUGCGGGGGGGUGUUAAAUGAUAAAGGAUAA